CCCAGUUCCUUCGCUUGGUCACUGGUCUAAGUUACCUCUGAGCUGCUUCACAGCUGCCUGUCCAUCGCUGAGGAACGUCUUCUGUUCCCAUCCAUCGAGCGGACUUGAUCGCAGCGCGUAUAUAUAUAACAGCGACUGACCGCGCCCAAAGUGAUCUUGCCACGGUCAAUUAGGCUACCACUUGGUGUAUCUUUCACUUCCUUCGGCGUGUGCGGCUGACUACCUUGAUCGAUACUGCGGUGAUUAAUUCCCCAGAACUCUUCAGCAGAAUGCCACAGGAGACGGGAGCAGAUGAAGUAGAGAAGACUAGUGCGGGGUACAGUUGCUACACAGUAAAGGAGCUUGCGGCAAGCAAGUACGUGCACACCGAUCCCCUCGCCACACCAAUUGAGGAAUGCUUUGACUGGGCCCACGAAUUGCACGACCUGGUGGCCUUCCAAGGCUCCUCGGAGUUCUACUUGGUGGUGUUCCGCUCCGUUCGCAAGUCCACCGCUGACUCCGUAAUGCUCUACGAGGCCGACGCCGCUGCUCAGGAAGAAGCUCGCCUCAGCGGCGGAUUGCUCAAGUACUGGUAUGGAAUCAUGAACGAGAGGCGUGAAUGCCUGGCGAUGUGCAUCUGGACUAGUCGCGAGGACGCGAAGAAGGCGAUCUACAAGCCGGCACACCGUGUGGCUAUGAAGCUGGCAUCAUCCAUGUAUGACAUGUACCGGCUGGAGCGCUACUCCCUCCAGAUCGACGAGAAUAUGGUCCCUACUUUCACUCUCCUCGGACGUUGCAUGUCCUCCUGACAUUCUUCUCGAGAACCACCCCGCUCGUCCCACACGCUCCCACAUAUCCUCCUCUGCUCUAGUGCGCACCCUCGGCCAGCUCCGAGGAAGAUUCGAUCUGAUCACCAGAAUCUCUACAUUAUUAGUAUUCUCUUGUGCGUUCACAAGUAGGUAGUUUACUAAGACUUGAUGGAAUUAUUAUUGUAUUGACGUUAUCCUUCAUUACGUGAAAUUUCAUCAUAUCAUCCCUUAUUCUGUGCA